AUGACUAACCACGCUCGCGGGUCUUCACUCCUUCAGACCCGCAGAUCUCACAUCCACCGUCAUUUACAUGACCUACGACGCAGCCUGCAUCACGUACACCACCCUCGUGAUGUCCGCGAGCCCGCCACUCCUUCUACUACCACCCACGAGCAGAUAGAAAUCCGCGAGUACCCCGACCUGGCUCACCCGGACCACCCCGUCGUCACCCAGGUCGUUCAGACCGUAUCGGUCGUCCAGUACGUCGAUGGCAAUGGCGCCACCAUCGAUGUCAGCACCGUCUACUCCCCGCCCAAGACCCAGGUCGUGGAUCAGUUGACCGGCGUCACCAUCGAGAAGCCUUCGGACAGCGCCCUCCCCACUACUCCUGUCCCUGUGCCUUCUUCUCCCCCACACGAUGGCACCGCCGCCUCGACAAGCUCCAGCCCUUCCAGUCAAGAGGCUACGCCUCCUCUGACGUCCUCUCAUUCGUCUUCUUCGGCCUUGCCUUCGUUGUCUGCUGCUACCAAUUCCAGCACCAGCUCUUUUAUACCACACUUUAACAACAGCACGUCAGUGUCACAUUCACUCUUUGCCAACUCGACUCGGACGACGUCUUCCUCGUCCACUCCUUUCUUUCACUCGUUCACUUCUAGCUCUUCCAGGAGCAGCUCUACGGCGGACGAUGGUUCGUUCACCAUUUUCGGCGGCGGUCCUACCUUGACAGCGGAGCCGACCCUACCUGCCACUGCUUCUUCUACGGCAGGCUCGGGCUCGGGCUCUACCCAAGCCACGCCAACCAGCACGGUUGUCGGCGGAGUAGUAGGAGGCGUUGCCGGCCUGGCCCUUCUUGUCCUCGGGGCUCUUUUAUUGAUGCGGUGGAAGAGGAGGCAGAACGGUGUUCGCCUGUUGGGUGACGGGGACGCUCCUGCCUCGAGGAGUCUUGGUGGGCCUGGAGGGCCGUUUGGCACGUUUGCAGAAGCGAGUGGUGGCGGAGGAGGAGGAGGAGGAGGAGGAGGUGGAGGUGGGAGCGGCAGCGGCAGCGGCAGCGGCAGCGUUCCAAUGGCUGAGCGGGGUCUCCCGUUCGCCAUCCCGGCGACUCUUGCUGCUCUCUCGGGCUACAAGCGGAGCUCACAGGCGACCUCGGCCGGCGGAACGGAUUCGAGUGAGAGAGGCUUCGCGCGGAUAUCUGGCAGAAAACUACCCUCGGUCCUCCAGCACGGAGGCGACGGCUUCAGCGACCCGCAUGAGAGCGUGCUCAGCGGGCAGUCUUUCUACCGCGACUCUCACGGAUUCUGGGGCGGCGACGGCAGUCCUCGUUUCGCGCUUGGUUCUCCCAUGCGCCCGGAGAGCGGUAUCCCUGUCAUGCAGCCGGGCCCGAUCAGGACGCCGGUCACGGAGCAAGGACCGAUCUUUGAACAUUCUCCGACCCAGAACUCCCCCGGCCGGAACUCCCCGGGCCUGAGAGGCCCGGCCUCGCUCGACCCACUCGGACGAACACAUAUAUCGCAGGACGGAUCGCGAGGCUCAGGCUCGAGAUUCACCGAGAACAUAUGA